GCCAGUGGUCUGGUCACCAGUGGGUCCCAGCCCAUGCCUUCGCCACCGGCCGCCAGUGGGUCCCAACCCAUGCCUUCGCUGCCGGCCUCUAGUGGGUCCCAGCCCAUGCCUUCGACGCCGGCCUCCAGCGGGUUCCAGCCUGCGCCUACGCCUUCGUCGCCAGCCUCCAGUGCGUCUCAGCCCAUGUCCCCGGUAUCCAGUGCGUCUCAGCCCACGCCACUUCUGCCGGUUUCCAGAGCUCUGUCCUCGCCACAGACCUCCGGGUCGCCUUCGUCCUUGCCACAGACCUCCGGAUCGCCUUCAUCCUCGCCACAGACCUCCAGAGGGCCUUCGUCUUCGUUGCCAGCUACCAGAACACCUUCGUUUUCGUGGUCAGGCUCUAGUGGGUCCCAGCCCACGUCUCCAGCCUGUAGUGGGUCCCAGCCCACGUCCCUGGCCUCCAGUGGGUCCCAGUCCUCGCCUCCACCCUCCUGUUUGUUUGAGCCUUGGCCCUCCCCCUAAUCCCUUCCACCCUCCCAGCUUUGACUCUGUAUACUUGGUCCGUGCUUUUCCCUUCACUCGUCGUCUGGUCAUUGUUUGUAUUCUG